CUCAUGCAGGCCCGGCCGCCUAAUUCUUCAAAAUGGCGGCCGCCAGGAGCAUACUUUUCUCUGUUUUUGGGCCUCGGAUCUCACAGAAUUCUUUGAGAUAUUUUUCAGCAGAUAAUCCAAACUGUUUAAAAGCCACCAACUCUAGUUCUCCUAAAGAAAUUGUAAACUGGAUGUGCAAUCAUGCGGCAAUUUUCCGUGUUGCAAAUGACGCAAUAUCUGUCAUGACAGAGCCAGCGUACUUUUUCGAAACUUUGAAGGACAAUAUCAAGUCAGCAAAUCGCAGAAUUGUGCUUGCGUCAUUAUACUUAGGGACUGGUCCAUUGGAAAAGGAAUUGGUGGAAUUAAUCUACAACUCAAUCCAAGCAUCCAAAAAAGCCAAUGAACCGAGUGGACUGCAAGUAGAAAUUCUACUUGAGUACACUCGGGGAUCACGCGGGAAGGUGAAUUCUCGCACCAUGCUGCUGCCUCUCUUACAGGAGUUUAGUGACAGUGUGCGUGUGUCUCUCUACCAUUCGCCAGAGCUGAGAGGAUUAAUAAAGAGACUAUUGCCCGAGAGAUUCAAUGAGACAGUGGCCCUGACACAUCUCAAAGUCUACUUGACAGAUGAUACAGUUAUUAUGAGUGGGGCCAACCUGAGUAAUGACUACUUCACUAACCGUCAGGAUCGCUACAUAGAAAUCAAGAAUUCGCCAGAAGUUGCAGACUUCUUCCAUGAGCUUGUGUCCUCAGUGAGCGACAUAUCACUACAAUUACACAAAGACGAUACGACACAUAUGCUAAAGGACUUUGCUUUUCAUCCUUCUGAAAGUAACAAGACAGAGUUUAUCACUAAAGCUACAGAGAGGCUUAAAACUUUGGUACAUAGCUGCUCUGGGAAGAAAGCAAUAAGGUUCUUAGGGGAUAAACCUGGGACUUGGGUUGUGCCGUUGCUACAGAUGUACCCUUACUCAAUUAGACAGGAUGAAUAUGUAACUUCAGAAUUACUUGGAAGUCUCCCAGAGGAUAGCAAACUACUGCUUGCUUCAGGUUAUUUUAACCUGACAAAGAAGUACAUUGAUCUACUUCUUCAUUCUGCGGCAAGCUGCCAUAUUCUGACAGCACAUCCGACUGCUAAUGGUUUCUAUAUGGCAAAGGGAAUCGCAGGUGGGAUACCUGAUGCAUACACACAGAUUGCCAGAGAGUUUUUCCGUCGGACCCUCACACACCACCACCGCAUCACCAUAUGGGAGUAUGCCAGACAGCACUGGACGUUUCACGUCAAGGGCUUGUGGUACUACCCCCCUAACCACGCCCUGCCUUGUCUUACACUCAUAGGGUCACCCAACUUUGGGUAUAGAUCGGUCUACAGGGAUUUAGAAGCUCAGGUUGCCAUAGUAACUGAGGAUAAGGACUUGCAAGCAAGGCUGCACGAGGAGCAGAAGUGUUUUUACGCACGUGGUUGUAGGGUGACGUAUAGGACGUUUGAACAUGCUGAACGAAGGGUGCCAGUAUGGGUGUAUGUCGUCACGAAGUUUAUCAAGAAAUUUCUUUGAAAAGAAACCCUCGAGUUUUUAUACUUGGGAAAAUAGUAAUUUCGUUACUUUUUUAUUUAAAGCUUAGUGCUGUAGGUAAAGCCUUUUUGCAGGCAGUAUAUCAAAUUUUAUCGCGAAAUGCUCAAUCUAUAGGCUUUAACAGCUGCCAUCUUGGAUUUGAGGUUACGCCUCGUUUCCGCGGGCGAGGACCGGUUUAUUAAAAAAGUAAGGGGGAAGGGGUGGGUUUUUAUCGCUUGGAAAGCCAUUAUAGAACUCUAUUUUCUGUGACAAAUUGCGCGAGAUUCUAAAAUACGUUUUUAAUCCGAAUACGAAAUUAAUCCACCGCCUGUAAAGACAGCAAGCUGUAAAUAAAAUGUGAAUAACGUU